AUGUGGCUGUACCUGGCAGUGCUGGUGGGGCUGUACCUGCUGCACCGGUGGCACCGGGAGCGGCAGCGGGUGCCCAACCUGGCCGAGAAGUACGUGCUGAUCACGGGCUGCGACUCGGGCUUCGGGAACCUGCUGGCGCGGCAGCUGGACGCCCGGGGGCUGCGGGUGCUGGCGGCGUGCCUGACGGAGGCGGGGGCUGUGCGGCUGCGGGCGGCCGCCUCGUCCCGGCUGCAGACCAUCAUCCUGGACGUCACCUCCAGCGAGAGCAUCGCUGCCGCCGUCGCCUGGGUUGAGGGACGCGUCGGCGACAGAGGGCUCUGGGGGCUGGUGAACAACGCGGGCAUCCUGCACCCCACCGCCCCCAACGAGUGGCUGCGCAAGGAGGACUUUGUGCGGGUGCUGAACGUCAACCUGGUGGGGCUGGUGGAGGUGACGCUGAGCUUCCUGCCCCUGGUGCGGCGCGCCCGGGGCCGCGUGGUCAAUGUGGCCAGCAUCCUGGGCCGGCUCGCCUUCUUCGGCGGUGGCUACUGCCCCUCCAAGUACGGCGUGGAGGCCUUCUCCGACAGCCUGCGGCGCGAGCUCCGUGACUUCGGGGUGCGGGUGGCCAUCGUGGAGCCGGGGUAUUUCCGCACCAGCAUGACGGACAUUGCCCGCAGCCUGGAGGCCCUGGAGCGGUGCUGGGAGCGGGCGCCGGCCGGCGUGCGGGAGAGCUACGGGCAGCACUACUUCGAGAGCUUCCACAGGGCCUUCGAGGCAUUGCUGCGGACGCGCUACAGCAGUGACCUGUCGCCGGUCACCGGCUGCAUAGAGCACGCGCUGACAGCGGUGCAUCCCCGCACGCGCUACGCCGCCGGCUGGGAAGCCCGUCUGCGCUACAUCCCUCUCUCCUACCUGCCCACCGCCCUGGCCGACUGGCUCCUGGCCCCAGCUCUGCCCCGGCCGGCCCAGGCACCCUGAGCCCACGGCCGGGACAGGCUGCCACCCCGGGGUGCUCUGUGGCUUGUCCAUGGGGCUCGUGCCCCACCGGGG